UUGCGCCGCAACAUCAGUUCAAUUUUAAGUUGCCAUAUCCUCUCGAACCAAAACGUAGUUAAGUCCCCUCCAAGUGAAAAUGAUGUUGCAUUGAACGUGACUUCAUUGGUCCCUGCGCGAUCUUGACCAAAAUGCAAUCGUUAGUGACUAUACCUCGUCUAUUUGUAUCAUGAUCAGGAGUUUCUGUUUUGCAGAUUUUAUGAAUCAUACAACACAUACAUAGAGCACGUCUAAGCUUCAUAUUUAUCCGUCAAUAUUUCUCAAAUGCUGCUGAUAUGUAAUCGAAUUUUCUAAUUCCGUACGAAAAUCUAAUGCAUGCGUUCUGAAUUCUUUGAAUCUUCCACGCUACUCCAUUGGUGAUGCAUCGUCCAUAUACACACUCUGUAUAGUCAAAUGUCAAUAGUACAACUGGUUACGUAAUAUUCAACUUCGUGAUAACACAUUUAUACGUCACAAGAAGUCGUAGAUUAUAUUACUUGUGUCAUUCUCAAAGUUUGUGGUCGGAAUUUCAAAGAUUUCUUUCAAAGUGGCUUAGAAAUUCUGUAAAAUGAGAAUAGCAGUUAUUGGUGGUGGCAUAGUAGGCUUAACUACAGCGUUGGAAUUGAAACGUGAAUUACGUAAUGCGAAUAUUACCAUAUUCGCUUCAGAUUUCGAUGACACGGUUAGCCAUGUAGCCGCUGGCAUAUUUAGAAUUGGAUCUUCAUAUUUUGGACCAAGUGAAGAAAUUACAAGAAAAUGGAUAAAUGAUUCUUACGAAUAUUACAAUGAUAUUCGUAAAUCAGCUGAAGCAGGAGUUGCUGGGGUUACCAAUAUUUCUGGUUACAUCUUUGCUAAUUCUGGACCAAAUGCAGUGAAGAAUAAAUGGAUGGAAGGGCUUGUACCAAUAUACAGAGCUGCCACUGACGACGAAUUUAAUAUUGUUGGAGGAGAUUGGAAAUAUGGUGCAUUUUUCACAACUCUACUGACUCAAUGCAGUUUACAUCUUCCUUGGGCGAGGCAAAAAUUGCGGGAAGAUGGUGUCUCUUUAAUAACGAGGAAAAUUGAUUCUUUGAGUGAAUUUGGUGAAGAGAAUCCGCUAAUAAUAAAUUGCACGGGCAUUGGUGCACGAGAACUUUGCGAUGACAGACGUCUCGUUCCUAUUCGAGGACAAGUUAUAAAGGUCAAAGCACCCUGGAUAAAAAAUUGCUUCUAUGGAGAAUUGGAUACCUACAUCAUACCUGGACACUAUGGUAUUUGUACACUGGGUGGAUCAAGAUCAUUCGACUCAGUAUUUUCAGGUAUAUGUCAGCAUGAAAACAGAGCAAUUCGCGAAAGAUGCGAAACAUUACUACCAUCCCUGAGUAAAGCCAAAACUGUAGCCUAUGCUACUGGUCUUAGACCUCAUAGGGAGGGAAAUGUUCGUGUAGAACCAGAAAAACUUACUGGUUACUCUGGAACAAUAGUUGUUCACAAUUAUGGCCAUGGCGGAUAUGGUGUCUGUACAGCUCCAGGAACAGCUAAAUAUGCUGUCCAGUUGACAAAGGAAAUUCAUAGAUCAACAUCGAAAUUGUAAUGGAGGUUAUGCAAAGGAAAGAUUCUAAUGUAUUACAUGGCAUUUCGUUUCAAGCAUUGAUUAGUCGCACGACUGCGACAAUGUACACCUUACUGAUGAUUUUACAAAUAGAAAAAUUUUUAAUGUUUUAAA